ACUAUUCCGUGUACUUUACUGACAUUAAUCAAUCUAUCAGUCUUGCCGUUAAAGCUUUGAAACUCCAAUUACCAUCUUCUCCGAUUCACUUCAUAAAUAUCCAAAUUCCAAAACCAGAAAAACCCCGCCCCACGUAAUGCUCCUCUCAUUUUGUUACCACAAUACCACCCAUUAGAUCUCGCCGUUAAAACUACUCUGCUUCUUCUUCUUCUUCUUAUUCUCUCUAUCUCUACGGUUAUAAAGGAAAAAUGGCGGUUCCAGUGGUCCGGUUCCCAAUCUUCCCAAUAAUAAGAGUGAUCGGUGUGAUAGUAGCCCUUCUUGUGCUGACGUGGAACCUCCAUUACAGAGGAGGCUUGGCUCUUAUCUCCGAUAACAAGGACCUCAUUUUCAACGUCCAUCCUGUUCUAAUGGUGAUUGGGCUCAUACUUUUAAAUGGCGAAGCCAUGCUUGCAUACAAGACAGUUUCAGGAACAAAAAGCUUCAAAAAAUUAGUUCAUCUCGCAUUACAAUUCAUUGCUCUCUGUUUAAGCAUUAUUGGUGUAUGGGCUGCUCUAAAGUUCCACAAUGAUAAGGGGAUCGACAAUUUUUACAGCCUGCAUUCAUGGCUGGGCUUAGCUUGCCUUUUUCUCUUUGGCAUUCAGUGGGCUGCUGGAUUUGCAACUUUUUGGUAUCCCGGUGGCUCAAGAAAUAGCAGAGCAGCACUGCUACCGUGGCAUGUGUUCUUUGGAGUUUAUAUAUAUGCCCUUGCUGUUGUUACCACUGCUACUGGUAUUUUGGAGAAGGUUACAUUUCUUCAAACCAAUAAAGUGAUAUCACGAUAUUCAACGGAGGCUUUGCUUGUCAACUCUUUGGGUAUUUUGAUAGUUGUACUGGGCGGUUUUGUUACUCUUGCAGUUGUUACUCCUGCAAAUGGAAAAGGUGAUGCUCCCAGGAGAUCAACAGAGUAGGCACAAUUUGUAUGUUUAUAUGAUUCGUAAAAGUGACAAAGAGGUAUUUUUAUUCACUUUUACUUACAGGGUCAGUUCUUGUCACCAAAUGGAUGUAUUGGUCUAUUUCAACAAAACAUCAGUUAUUAUCUGUGUAUUCAUACAAGUUUUAAAAAGGGCUAUUACUUUGGUGUUGGUUAGACUUAAUCAUUUAUUAA